AUGGUCAACAUACGGCAGUGUGGCAGUAUCAUAAAGCUGAGUACAGCAGACACAGGUGCAUACGCCGGCCUCGUUGCGGACUUUCCAUCAGACUCGCUACACCGCCCUUCGGUGAAGCUCAGCGCUCUAUUGACUGCACCAGCAUCGCUCCGCGUCAUAGUCCUCAGCCCUAUCGAAGAAGCAGCGGAAAUUGGAAAUCUCUUAUCUAAUAAUGACCUUUUCCUUCAACAUCCGUCGUCCCAGGACAUUGAAUACUUUGACCUGGAGAUGGAAUACUUCAAUCCUCAUUACCUUGUUAUUCCAGGAUCUCGUAUGCCGCAGUUGGAAGAUCUUGCUAUUGAAUACAACGACAGUACAUCUGCUCAUUCUCUUACGCUGGAUGAACAGAAAAAAAGUCAACUGAUAGGCAUUUUCGACACCGCGGCUGAUCUUUCAAUCCGACCCACGACCGAGCCAAGCCCGCGUCUACAGACUCGCCUGAAAGAGUACCAGCUCAAAGCUCUUACAGUGAUGAGCGAAAAGGAAUGCACCAACGUUGAGAGUCCUCAAUGUCCUUCGCUCUGGGUUGUACGGGAUGCAUCCAAUGGCAAAGACAGAGAAUAUCUUCAUAGAAUAACGGGGCAUAGGGCUAACGUUGUGCCUACUUGUGCUGGAGGCAUUCUUGCUGAUGAGAUGGGACUUGGUAAAACACUCUGCGUACUCUCCCUCAUUUGCUGGUCGCUGGACUCGUUGCGAGAUGCAGAAGCUCAAGGUAUUGGUUCUGAGUCUUUGACAACAUUAGUUGUCAUACCUAAGAGCAUGAUUCCUGGCUGGCAGGCCCAGAUCGAAUCGCACAUAAUGCCAGGUCAGAUCCGUGUUGCCCUUUAUCAUGGAACUGGUAGGCAAAAUAUUGCCAGGCAUUUCCGAGACAAUGGUAUUGUCUUGACAACGUAUCAGACCUUGAGGUCUGAGUGGACUAACAAAGGUCCCUUAUUUAGAGAGCCAUGGUUCCGUGUCGUUCUAGAUGAAGGUCAGUAUUGCCAUUUUGCCACCUUGUAUAUGUGGUUAAUGGUAGCAGCCCAUCGCAUCGGUAACAGGUCAACUCAAGUCUUUCAGGCCGCAUGUGAGCUUCAAUCGUUGAGGCGCUGGUGUCUGACGGGAACUCCUAUCGUCAAUUCCAUCGACAACUACGGGGCAUUACUGGCCUUCAUAGGAAUGAAGCCACUCGAUGCAAAGGGCAGAUUCGAUCAUUGGAUAACCAAUCCGAUUCGAGAUAAUGAACAAGAAGGCCUUAGAAAGCUACGGAUCCUAGUUGAAACAACUUGCCUACGGAGGACAAAAUUUAGCAUUUCGCAGGCACUCCCUCCUCCGACUGUCCACGAAGAAAAGGUUGACAUGCAUCCAUAUGACCGCGCACUUUACGAUUUCUUCGAAUCAGAAGCAGCCAAAAACGCCGCCGAUUCUUCCAAAAGCUAUCCUGCCAACCCCUCAGCGGCAGGAAGGGAAAAGAAGAAUGUUUUGUCUCUAAUCCAGAAUCUUCGCCGGAUUUGUGAUCAUGGAGAGGAUCUCUUACCUGCCUCGGACAUUGAAGCUUGGAAUCUGCAGAUAUUCCAAAGGCCAAGCCUGCGUGCUAGACAAAAGCCUGGAACGACUUUUAGUGAUGAUUCAUACUGUGAAACAUCACCGUCUGCUAAGGUGCAAAGAUUGAUACAAAAACUUCGAUUAGAACAAAAAAGCAACUUCAAAGAGUCCUCAUUUCCGCCAGUAAAAAGUGUGGUUUUCAGUUACUGGACAAAAAUGCUCGAUCUUGUUCAAAAAGCUCUUUUCGAGGCCAGCUUCUUGUGUGCGAGAAUUGAUGGCCAGUAUUCAGUCAAGCAAAGAGAGAAUGCACUGUUUAGAUUCGCAAACGACCCUUGCUGUACUGUAAUGCUGGCCACCCUUGGGAGUGGCGGCGAAGGCAUUGAUCUAACGUCGGCUAAUCAUGUGCAUCUUCUCGAGCCUCAUUGGAACCCCAUGGCGGAAGAGCAAGCGAUUGCACGUGUUCAUAGAAUCGGCCAGCAGCGGCACGUCACGGCCACUAACUAUAUUACUCCAGACUCUAUCGAGGAGUACGUGCAAAGCAUUCAAGUCAAAAAGACACAGCUUAUUCAGGAUACUUGGCGUAUUAAUGAUGAAUCCGACGGAAAUAACAUCUACAAUGAGACUUCGAGGCUUGAGAAAUGGCUCACUCAGAGAAGCAAGCAGUAA